AUGUCCCUGGCGGAGCGGCGGCGGGAGGAGGAAGGGGAGCGGGAAGGGGAAGCAAGGGAUGGGGCCGGUGCCGGGGAGGAGGUGGUGCAGAUCCGGCUGGGGGAUAAAUGCUACCCGGUGUGCAAGAGGAAGCUGAUCGAGCAGAGCGACUAUUUCCGAGCGCUCUACCGCUCGGGAAUGAGGGAGGCAGGGCAGGGCCAGGAGGAGCAGCUGCUGCGAGGGGGGCUGAGCGCCCUGGGGCUGGAGCUGGUGCUGGACUUCAUCAACACGUCCUGCCUGGCCCGGCUGGAGCAGGAGGUGGGCGGUGAGAAGGAGCCGCCGCUGCUGGAGGAGCUGGUGGAGGCCGCUUCCUACCUGCAGGUCACGCCCCUGCUGCGGCUGCUGCUGUCGCAGGUACGCCUCGGCAACUGCUUCGAGCUGCACCGCCUGGCGCAGGUGUACGGCCUGCAGGACCUGCACGACGCCUGCUUGGACUUCAUGGCCGCCCACUACCACCAGGUGCUGCGCAGGCCCGACGCCCGCCCGCACCUCCUGCUGCCCUCGGCGCUGCAGCAGCAGCUGCGGGAGCGGCGCAUGAGGGGCACGGCCACCCUCGUGCUGCUCGGGGACUUUAUGGGCGCCUGUCCGCCGGGGCUGCCCGCCGGCUGCCACCCCCCGGGGGACGCGCCCUGGGCCAUGCUCAGGUACGACGAGGAGGCGCAGCGGUGGCUGCCGCUGGCCAAUAAUCUGCCCACCGAUCUGGUGAGCGUCCGCGGCUACGGCUCGGCCACGCUGGACAAUUACCUGUUCAUUGUCGGCGGCUACCGCAUCACCAGCCAGGAGAUCUCUGCCGCGCACUGCUACAACCCGUGCCUCAACGAGUGGAGCCAGCUGGCCUCGAUGAACCAGAAGAGAUCCAACUUCAAGCUCCUGGCUGUCAGUGGAAAGCUCUAUGCCAUCGGUGGCCAAUCCCUUUCCAAUGUGGAGUGCUACAACCCGGAGAAUGACUGGUGGAAUUUUGUGGCAUCCAUGCCAAACCCUCUUGCAGAAUUCUCAGCUUGUGAAUGCAAGGGCAAGAUCUAUGUUAUUGGAGGAUACACUGCACGAGGCAGGAACAUGAGCAUCCUGCAGUAUUGUCCCACUUCUGAUUCCUGGACCAACUUGGAGCUGUGCGACGUGCACAUCCGCAAGCAGCAGAUGUUGUCUGUGGAGGAGACCAUCUACCUGGUGGGAGGCUGCAUCCUCGACCUUGGACCAAACCAGAGAUCCGGCCCCAGCGAGGACCUGCUAACGGUGCAGUCCUACAACACUACCACCAAAGAGUGGCUCUACCUCAAUGAGAACUCAUCCAAAUCUGGCCUUAACUUGACUUGCACUCUCCACAAUGAUGGAGUCUAUAUCUUGAGUAGGAAUAUUACUCUGUCUUCCAGCUUGGAGCAGCGUCUCUUCCUGAAGUAUAACAUCUUCACAGACAGUUGGGAGUCACUGGGGCGUUUCCCAGCCUUUGGACAAAACAUUCUGAUCUGUUCUAUGUAUUUGCCUGAUGGGCGAGAAGUGUAACAGCAUGAGGGUUUUCUUUUCAGUUCAUUAAUCGUUCUUUGAUGAGAUAUUUCUCCCUCUGAAUAAUUCCAUUUUCAGAAUGUAAUGUGGUUGCAUAAUGCAGGCAUAAAAUACUGAUUCUGUUCUCUAAAAAGGUUUCAGAGUCCAAUAUGAAGAGAAAUGCUUCCAGAAACAGUUUUAAGAUGUUAAUUUAAACAUUUUACUGGUUUGGAUUAAAAUUUCACCAGGUAUUGUUUGCAAUUUAAACAUAAAAUAAUUGUGUUGGCAACUGAUACAGAAGUUCCGAAAGCAAAACUCAUCAGUCUGGUUUUAUUUUUCAUCUUAAUAGACAGCAUAGAACAAAACAUAUACAUUUUUAAAGUUGAAACAAUUCAAUAAAGUAAAAAAUUAGUAUAAUCAAAAUCACAACAGGAUUUAUUUCUUUUAAAAUACAGGCAAGCAAUGUUCUGUCAAAUGUGCAGUUUCAAAUUGCUUAUGCUGUCCCCAUUUUAUCUCAUGGCAGCAAGUGAGAUUUUCGAAGGUGCCAGAAAUUGGGGUCCCAUCAAGAAGAACUUCCUCUGGAUUAUUUAUAGUGCAAUGCUUUGCCAGGGACUGGUAGGAAUUGCCUACAGUUGCUAAUUGGAAAGUAGAUGCUCCUUUAAUUGAAGUUGGCAGCAUUUCAAGCUACUAUUAAGAUAGAGGUAAAAAGGCUCUUUAUUCAAAGGGCGGAAUUUCCUAAUUGUCAUAAAGGUUUAAGUUUUAGUUACCUUGUUGUGUUCUGUAGUACCUAAAACUCAGUUUUAAAGAUCAAAUUGUAGUUUCGAGCUGCCUGUUGUGAAAAUGUCCUUGAGCAUGAGCAGAGGUGAUUCUGCUCCAGGUGCAUCCUGAUUACUAACACUCCUGUUGGACACACCUGGAAGGCUUGGCUUUUGUAGAUGACCCCCUGAACACCUUCCCCAGAGCAGGGCCAUGUGAGUGUUGGCUCUUCUUUGUGUCAUCAGGAGAGGUUGCCUCAGGUUUGCCAGCCACUGUUGUUCGUCUCUAUGAAGGGCACUGUAAGGUGCUCACUGUGAACCUUCCUUUGUGGGGAUUCUAGAUAUCUUUGUCGGGAUACUGCAGGCGUUCCUUCCCGUUCCUGCCUCUUGCCAGAGAGAACUGUGGCCAUGAUUGGUCCCUUUUCUCCUUGUAGCUGACAAAUGCAGAAGUGUCUUGAGGUGCCUGCCCAGGUCUGGAAUGUGUGUCCUCACAACACAGAGAGGAAAGAGGUUACCAUGAGAAGAGCCAGGUUAGACAUGUGCGAAACACAUUGUAGGUAUGCUGGUUCUGCUCCAGCUGCUCAUCCACAUGAUGAGAUUUAAAGCACCUGAACACAUUCCUAAUGUGUGGAGAUAUCUUUUUUAUUUCUUCAUUAGAAUUCAGGAAUCUGAAUCUUUUGAAAACAGGGGCCUGUUGUACAGAGGAGGAGGCAGCAGUGGUUCCCUCAAGGUCCUUGUAACUCCUUGCUUUUCCACAGUUUUGAAUAAAACCAGUUCUUACUAAAGGGUUACCAGUCUUAAAGUGCAUUGCCAAUCACUGCUCACACAUUAAUCUUGGUGCUUCCAAUCACCUGUCGUAACGCAAACAGAAAAUCCCAGAAAACUUCUCCAGAAUGAGAAUGUUUGUAUUUGAACAUUUUUAGGAUUAAAGAAACCACAACACAAGGUAUUUUGGAUGUCUAAAAUUUAGCUUUUUGGGUGGAACUUUUGCAGCCUGGUGGAGAAUGUCAUGCAUCAGCCCAACAUGG